AUGAAAUUCCUCGCCACCACCAUUCUCUCCGCCCUAACCCUCCUCACCGCCCCAUCGCUAGCCCAAGACGACCACCUCUGCGCCCCCAUGGUCUUCUCCGCCCGCUACGACGACCUCGUAGCCCCCAGCCUCGCCCUCCUCCAAACCCAAUGCUACAACCUCUGCGCCAGCGCCCGCAACUCCGCAAUCAACCACUUCGGCACCUGUUUCUGGCAAAACGUCGCCAACGUCGAACUUCAAUCCGCUCAUCUCGUUCGCUCCGCUCGCUGUCCCGAUCGCUGUACUCAAGCGUCGGUGUGGAGCGGAGAUUGUGGUUGUACGCUUGAUGCGAAGGAUAUUUAUGUGGCGAAUGAUGUGGAGAUGUUUCCGGAUUGUGAAGCACCGAAAUUGGCGCUUAAGUGCUUUGAUCGGCAGGGUUGGACGCAGAGGUAUGGGACGGAGUCGCCUGCUAGGCCUUGUCCUGGGACGAGUAUGGUUUCUCAGAAGAAGGUUGAUGGCAACAAGGGCAAGGAGAUCGGGAAGGAGACUGGCAAGGAGACUGGCAAAGAGACUGGCAAGGAUGCCAAAAAGGUGCAGAAGCUGGUGGUGGGCUGA